UUGAGCAGUGGAAGUACAGCCAGUGACCGAGCUGUACUCACACCCAGCUUCCUUCCUUCAUUGCAGGAUUAGUUCAGCUACAGAGUGAUUGGAAUACAUCCACCUUUCCCAAACUUCAAGCAUGUUGCCAGCGUACAUGGCUGUGAGUAUACAGAGAGCUCGAUACUGAAGCACAACAGCAGAAAAUUCAUUUCUGACAGAUCUGAGUGAUGAUGUUUGGAAGAAAUGGCAUCUUCGGAAUAGGAAGUUCCUGGAAAAAAGUGGUGAAACAGGAUUCAUCCAAGACAAAAGUAGUAUUGACCAAAGUGACAGCCCUGAAAAAUGGCUUGGAGUGUGAGGACAUCUCCUCCCAUCCAACACUAGCCAAGACAAGAAACCCUGAGACCUAUCCAAGAUCACAAACCAUUGGUGGCAAUGAUCUAGCAAUGUCUGGAGACCAGAACUUGUUAACAGAACUCGUUGACAGAAAGGGAUCUUCAAACUGCACAGUUCUGAAACUGUAUAAAUCUGAAUCUGAGGACUCUGGUGCCGAAUUUCCAAGUGGUGCACAUUCUCCCUUGACCCCAUCGGGGUCCGAACAGAGCCUUGUCAUACAUCGGAGAGUGUCAUCUUGUGACUCAGGGAUGGCUUUGAGCAUUUCUUCCACGUCUGCAAUCCAGCAAUCACCUCCAGCAGAUUCCUGUCCCAAUUCUGCAGCAUGCAUAAAAGAAGAUCAAGAAAUUGAUGAGCAGCAACACUCUGUAGUAGAGGAGCCCACAGCUUCUACAGAUUGGAGAAAGGACAACACGUCAAGCAUCCACUUAAGUCUGAGUCCUCCAGCCGUGGAUGAACCAGUGAAGCAAUCCAAACAUGUAUCACUCGUUGAAAUAGUCAUUGCUGACUCCAAUUCUCUUCCAGUUUCGGAAGGUAAAAUGGAGCAUGCAGAAGUAGCUCAAUCAUUGAAAAGGAGACAAUCAAAUGAUAGUCUUGAAAAAUACAUGGAGAAGUGCUGCAGAUUAAGUGAGGAAUUUUUCUUGAAACAUUGUUCCUGUGGAGCUGUUGGUAUCUAUCAGACCAUCACCAGCCUUCCUGCUCUGGAGAAUCAGUUACUCAAAGCCCUCAGCAGCCAGGGAAGCUCAUUUGUACUCGACUCCAAUUCACAGAUCUCGAGAAGCCAAGGUGGUGAUACGGAGCCAGAUGGAAAAGGAUGGUUCAGGAAGCCUGUGUGCAAAGAGGUGGGAAGAUCUGUAGAGACUGAGGUGAAACAUAGCCUUGAUGGUACAAGCAAACUGAACUCAUCGCACAAAGGAUUCCAAGAGGUAAAAGCACAAUCUGGUGGGAAAGUCAAAGUUCUGGUUAGGAAUUCCAGUUUAAUAAAACAGAGCAAUGCCCAAGAAGUGUCCAGCUUCAUAAAAAGUUCCUAUGGACAGCUCUGCAGACAAGAACAAUCUUCAAAGAAAUGUCACAUCCAACAUGAGUUAUCAACUGAUUAAGUGGACGCUGCCAGGUUCUGGGACUGCAGUAAAGAGCGCACUACAGCUGGUAUUGUUAGAAGGGUACUUAAGACAACCAUCCAGUCGACUAGAUAUGGAAUUAUUUUGCAAUUCAACCCAAUAGAUCAGAAAAAAACAGAGAUUAUAUCUGUUGACCUUAUUUUUAAUUGCACAAGAUACAGCCAAAGUCUAGUGUUUUAUAUUGCUGCCUAACAUAUGUGAAGUCUUCUACGCACAGCUUUACUAGCUGUUAUAUCAAAAGUCACUUUCUUGAAUUGAGUUUCCAUUAGAAAUAAAUCUCAUCAGAAGUAGAUUUCUGAUAAAGACAUAAAAUUCUGUUGAAGAAUGAGAAAACUUCUAAAUGAUCUUAAUUUCAGAGCUUUAAUUCUUAAUUGGAUACAGAUCUUUUUCAAAGUAAUUUAUUACCACCUAUUCCCAUUCUGAAGUGAUGCUAGUUGGGACACUGUUCCUCAGGAAUAAUUAGCAACCAGCUAACUUUCACGUUGAUGUGUAACAAACGGUGUGAGAAAAGUGACAACAUUACUGAACCAAGUUGUUUGCAGGAAGAAAGGACAUGCCUUUCCAUUAAGAGCAGCUGAAAUAUCAGCAUCUCUAACCCAAGGGAUGGUAAGACAAAGGCAAGUUACCAUAUCCUAGGCACAUUAUGGUUAUAAAUCUAUUUCUGUGUCAGAAAUUUUCUGUGUUUUGUUUAUAUCAGAAACUUGGUAACAUCACCAAAGAAGUAUAACAGAAGCCCCCAAGCUGUAUCUUAAGAGAUUUCUACCGACAAAUUUUCUAAGUUUUCUGGAUAGAAAUUUUUCUAAAUGAUAAAACAUUAAACUGAUUUGCCUUAGUUUUGUUUUGUUUAUAAUGUAUGCAUUAACGCAAUUUAUAUAGAGAAAUAUUUAUCACAAUUUUCUUAAUGUGAAACUGUCUGUAAUUGUACAAGUAUAUAUAAAGUAAUUCUAUAUUACUAUAUCUGAACAAUAUCUGCAACAAAUAUUAAUAAAAGAAAUGACUCAACCAGUCCAAGUGCAUAAAAAUAAUAAUUAUUCAAGAAUGUUGUAAUUUAUUCAGUUGUGUGAAUUGAGUUUGGACAGUACUGAACUACUUAGUUUAAUCACACUAAAUACGGUACACAUUUCUAAUGCUGUAGUACGAAUGAUGUAUCAUUUAGAAACAGGAUAGAAGAAUGAGUGUGGAAAACAGUAAUCUCUCACAGCCAGAACAAGAAAGUCAGAUGCAUCAAUGAGUCAUGCCACUGAGCAAAAUUGCACUUUAUUUAGAUA